AUGUCAACCCAAUUGUCAAGAAUAGUAAAACUUUUAACAGAAGAACCAUUAGAUGCCAUUUGUUCUGCGUCGGUUGUUUAUCUGGCGAUGGUCGAUAAUACUUUAGGCGAAUAUGAAGAUGUUAGAGAAUUGGCAGAUCGUGCAGUUAAAAAAGCAUUGGAAGGAAUAAGUAAUUCUGAUAGAAGAGAUAGAGUAUCAAUGAUUCUACCACAGAAGAGCGAUAUCGUGGGAUUUGCUAUCCCUGAGAUGUCGAGGGUUUCUGCUUCCCCUCAGCUGUGCGUGGCUGUUAUAACCAUAACAAUGAUGCACUAUUGGAGAUUAGCUUCUGAUUAUGCGCAUGCGCAAAUGGAAAAUGGAUACAAAAGCGUUAAAGGUCUGAAUGCAAUUAUGGCAUUGAAUAUGGAAAAGGAACCGGCCCAAGAUCAUGAGAGAGAGGAGAUAGAACGGAAUCUUAAUUUUUUGAAGGAAAAACUUGAUGUAG